AUGAAGUUGUUCGUUGUAUUACUUGUCGGUGCCUUUGCGGUUUUGAUAAACGGUUUUUCAGACAUUCGAGUCAAGCGAUCCGAUGAAAAUGAUUGGCAGGGAUUGCAUAAAGCUGCCUAUAACGGUAAUUUGCAAGAAAUGAGAGAUUUACUAAGACGUGGAACAAACGUUAAUGUCCGUGGAAAAGACAAUUGGACGCCACUCCAUGUGGCGGCCAGAUAUGACAAAGCAGAGGUAGCGAGACUUCUCCUUGCAAAUGGUGCCAACGUAAAUGCAGAAGAUAAGGAAAAAUGGAUCCCAAUCCAUGUAACGGCAAAACAUGGAAGUGUAAAUGUGGCAAAAAUUCUGAUUCAAAAUGGCGCAAAUGUGAAUGCUAAAGAUUCUUUACCCAAUAAAAGAACGCCUUUAUUCGAAACGGCAUGUUACGGUCAGGUAGAAGUUGCUAAAGUUUUGAUUGCAAAUGGAGCCGAUGUAAACGCUAGAGAUAUUG